GCGUGAUGUUUGCUGACUUUUCCGAAGUGUGCAGCGGGCGCCUCCUCGUGCGCGGUGUGUCACCCCGGGGGCUUUCCAGACAUUGUCUCUUUAAAAGUCUGCGCCUGCAGAUCCCAUUAGAGGUGCGUCUAAAAUUUCCUGAUGAUUAAUAGUGCGUGGAGGCAGGGCAGGGAGGCAGAGGAGGAGGAGGAGGAGGAGGAGGAUCUCCACAUGUGGCCGGCCGUCUCCUCCUCCCCAUCUCUCACGUUACAAUCCUCACACUUGACGCCCUUUAAAAGAAGGGGCCGGCGCUGGCAGUGGGCUUUCACAAGCUGGACAGGAGCCUGGAGACAAGUGAGGAUGUGUGGACCCCUGUAAGACUUCUGAAGGUGCCAAGGAAGGAGGUGUCUUGAACGUCGCUAGCCACCCAGUCUGGCCAACUUGUAGGAGCGGCAUCUGGUGACAAGCGUGUGGAGCUGACACUCCGUGAUACUCAAAAGGGGACUAAGAGAGAGCCAAAGGAGGAAGAACAAGAAGAAGAAGAAGAAGCCAUUGGCGUGCACUACUCCCCACCCCUGCGUGCUUUUUCCCUCCGCUCCUCACCAUGGAUCAGUCGGCUGGCAGCUGCAUGAGGAGCUCGCACCCUGGCACUCCGCUCUGGGGCUGCAUGCGUAACCCGCCCCCUGCCAUCCCCUCAUACCAGCAGAGCCCUUUCUCCUUCCACCAGAAACCCGAGUUCCUGGCCUACACGGACUUCUCGCCCUCCUGCCUGGUCUCGGCACCUCACAGCUUCCCCCGAGAGGAGCGGCUCUACGUGGAGCAGCACCCGGGCUUCCAGCGACCCGACUGGCAGUUCUCACCCAACCGGCAAGACUCGGGACUGCCACCUGUCAUGGUGAACGGGGACAUGGAAACGAGCGGAGCGAGCGCACCCGUGGCCCGGCCGGUGGGCUGCCUGGAUGGAGGCUACACCACCCACCGACUGGCGGCGGCCGAGUCAGAGAAGAAGCCCACCCGGCGGAAGAGAGAGCUGGCAGAGAAUCAGGACUUGAGCUACAAAUCCGAGUCGAGCAACAAAGCCCGCAAGGAGAGGACGGCCUUCACCAAGGAGCAGCUGCGGGAGCUGGAGGCCGAGUUCGCCCACCACAACUACCUGACGCGGUUGCGGCGCUACGAGAUUGCAGUCAACCUGGACCUCACUGAGAGACAGGUGAAGGUCUGGUUUCAGAACAGAAGGAUGAAAUGGAAGCGAGUGAAAGGUGGGCAGCCUGCGUCCCCCCAGGAGCCGGAAACAGACGAAGUGGACUCAGCUGCUUCCCCUUGCUCCGAGUGACCGUGACUCUGCUGUGCCACACAGAUGCCCAGCCAGGCCUCGCACAGGCGAUGAGCUCUUGGACUGACGGACAUUUGCAGAUUGAAAGAACUUCAUUUUUCCUUCUAUGGUGUCCCACAGAAGAGAGAAGAAGCGGCUCUGAUUGGGCACAGCCAAGGCCUGGAGCUGGAUGUACCCCUGCUGCGGUGACGAUGCCUCAGGCCUGCUGACAUGCCAAGCUAUUUAUGAUACACUUUGGAGAUGGCUGAGGUGAGGGCCAGGAAAGGAGGAGCCGCUGCCAGUGACGAGAGCUUGUCGGCCCCAGAGACGUGCCAUGCCAGCCUGCUGUUAGGGGUCUUGGCAUCGGGAACAACAGCAGGUUUACAGGGGAACUGAAGAAGACAAGGAGGGCAACAGGCUUGGUCUUGGAUACGAUACACGAAGGAAUAUUCUUGGGGGCUCCAGCGGCCCACCACUGCCUGACCUUGAUGAAUGGCUAUGAACUGGCCUUCUGUGCGUGUGUGUGUGUGUGUGU